AUGACAUACCAACCACCUGUGAACAGCACAUAUUAUAUCAAUAACAAAACCGAGCCUUCACCACCAGAGGCCUACCUCUAUGGGAAGAGCAACUAUGCGAGUCCAGACUCGUCCACACCUCCUUCGGCAGGCAUCUCGCCCACCAAUCUGCACUCGUCGCACCUGAAUGUUCGACAACUGCGCCAGCCACGCAUGCCGAUGUAUAUUCCCGCUGCUCUUCGACCAACUGAUCACUUGACACGGCCGACCGACAUUCCAGUCCGGGUACGAGCACCCGAUACACCACCACCAAGUAAAGAGAACAGCUUCGACAGCGCCAAGUUCGGAGCAUUGUCUCCAGCGGUAGACAGCGUAGCAUCACCCAUGACAGGGUCCUUCACAAGCGACGUCGAUGCUUUGCGACGUGGUCUGAGCAGAGCUGCAAGCGACUUGAUUGAUGAAGAGUUGGGUGAUGUGACAGGGCCACCCACAACCGCACACUGGAAGCCAGAUGUUUCGGCACUGGACUGUGUGAUCUGUCACGAGACCUUCACAUGGUUUUUCCGACGACAUCAUUGUCGGCGAUGCGGGGACGUUGUUUGCGACAACCAUAUUUCCAAGAAGGUACCACUAGACCAGAAUGCUCGACUUCAUCCUGAUGGUGUCUCGAGCAAGGCCUGCGACGUCUGCUGGCAGGAAUGGGCUACUGUCAAGAGGCUUCGGCACUCCCGCACAGGUAGCAUCGCCGAGUCUCAGACCAGCUCACAGGGCACUGCUGUUCCGGCACUGGCAAUUCCACAAUCUGGUCGAUUUGCAGAUGAUAUGCGGGUUGGCAGUAUGGCAAGGUCGGAGGGUGGCAUGGUGUGGAGUACCUUCUAG